AUCAUUGACAGCGGAAGUCAUCAUUUUGUCAUUCUCGCCUCGCUUGCGUUCUUUUUCCGGCUCUUUGCCCGUACGUAGGACACAUUCGGUUUUGCUGCAGUUUCAGCGAUGUCUAAAAGAGGACGCGGAGGAUCAGCGGGAGGUAAAUUCCGCAUAUCGUUGGGCUUGCCUGUUGGUGCAGUUAUUAACUGCGCAGACAAUACUGGGGCUAAAAACCUGUAUGUAAUUGCUGUGCAUGGUAUCCGAGGCCGUCUAAACCGUUUACCAGCGGCUGGAGUCGGUGACAUGUUUGUUGCCACGGUCAAGAAAGGAAAACCCGAAUUGAGAAAAAAGGUAAUGCCAGCCGUGGUUAUCCGGCAGCGAAAACCGUUCCGCAGACGCGACGGUGUUUUCCUAUACUUUGAAGACAACGCUGGUGUUAUAGUGAACAACAAAGGUGAGAUGAAAGGGUCUGCUAUCACGGGACCCGUUGCAAAGGAAUGUGCUGACUUGUGGCCCCGUAUCGCUUCAAAUGCCGGUUCGAUAGCUUAAGGACUGAGGCGCCUUCCAGAGAAUAAAUGCGCAACAAUGUGAAUCCUACUGAUCGACACAAUGCGUUAAAUGGUAUCCAAGAUCGUAACAUCAGCCGAAAACGUGUCGGUUAAUAAUAAAACGCAAUCGAUAAACAGUAA